GUUGUCAAUAACUACCGUAUACAAUAUGGCGCCCCACAGCGGGAUCAAAACUAAUUAAAGUUUUUGCUCUUGAAACUUUGAGUCACAACAAUGAGAGCUGCUACCAUAUAUUUUGUGGAUUUGUAAACAACCUAACCUCAAAAUGGAUGAAAGACAUUGGUGGAUUGCCACCAAAAUUCAAGAGUCUUUCCACAUCGGAGGAUUCAACGACAACCCGACUCUGCUGGAAGAUUUUUUGUGCGAGCCGCGGACCCUCGAACUCAUCAAUCAAUUUCUGGGACAGGGAGGGCUGAAUAAGCUCUUCUUCUAUUCGGAUCGUCCUCAAACUUCAGCUCUCCAACCAAGCGGUUUGCAAAGCACCAGACAAUUGCAUGUUGUUGAUUCACUUGCAAAUCUGAAUGAUGUCAACAUCGAGGAAACAACUUGUCUGUAUUUUCUGCGGCACUCUGUCGAGAAAGAAGUGGAUCCGGUUCGCAUGGAAAAGGAUAUUUUCUGUGGGGAGCUGAGGCACAGUGUUUUAGACAACCUGAACACAUUGCUCUCUGAUAUUUUUCUUCCCCUUCUGAAGGCUCAGAAAGACUGGGGAUUAUGCAGUGAAGAAAAUAAGAAACAAUGCCUGAAUAAUCUAGAACGUUAUGCCGCUGCUCUCAGUGAAACUGUCAAUGUUCCCUCAUCUGCGAGGCAGCAGGUUUUGAGAAGACCUGAUAAUAUUGUCAGCCAGGAGUUCAGCAAGCAUCGGACAACGUCAUAUGAUCAAGGAAUCGUGAGCGAGUAUGAAGCCCUCGUUACGGAGUGGAUCUCGACCAUCGACAAUGCCUUGGCUGAUGGAGGAGAUGAAAGGUUUAUGGACCCGACCUCCGGACCGCUCAACGAGCUGGAGCGUUGGAGGCGUCGUCAGCGUAUGCUGUCUAGCAUCAUAGAACAGCUGAAGGGCAAGGAAUGUAAGACGGUCAUCGGUGUCCUGAUCACAUCCAAGUCAAAGAUCAUCAAGAAAUGGAAGGCCAUCGAUGCCAGCAUCACAGAUGCAGCCAAUGAGACGAAAGACAAGGUGAAGUACCUCGAAGCCUUGCGGAGACACUUUGAGCUUCUCUAUCAUGGUGCUACACCGAUAUCAAUCGUUAAUGGAGCGUUGCCAGGCCUGAUGAGCAGUGUCAAGCAGAUGGAUUCAAUCUCAAGGUUCUAUGCCAGGAAAGGCUACUUAGGACUGCUCUUCACUAAGAUCACCAACCAGUUGGUUAAUUCCUGCAAGGAGUUCAUCCUCUCGGAGACCCAGGGACCAGGGCAGGAUGACCUACUCUGGCCCAAGUUCUACAGUGAGAUCGAGACCAGGAUCUUGAGUACGGACCCUCAGGGCAAGAGCCGGGCCGUCAAGAAGCGAGGCAAGGAGGUGAUGCCUGAAGAUGACACGCUCCUGGGAAGAAUGAAAGCCUGUAUCGCUCUCUAUAACACCUACAAGGACAUGGUUCGUACCCUGAGGGACGGACUGGGAGGGGCUCACAACCUGACCCACUUCCCUUCUAUAAGUUCUCUUGGUGCCCCGUCCUCUAGGCCGCAGAGGGGUGUUCUCUCUAGGGCGGGGCUCAGCCACGGGAAGUCAUCCAAGACUCCUUCUGUUGCAGACAUCCCUAGCAUGUGUUAUGGUGACUCGGAACAGGGUCAUGGAGUGGCCUUCAACGAUGAGGAAUCCAUCUUUGGUCACCUGGACUCCUUCUGUUCCCGCAUCCGUCAAGUCAUUGAUGCCGUCUACACCCUGGUCCAGUACGGCAAGCUGGCCAGGAACGCAGAAGGUCUUCCCAGACCUCGCAAGGAAGACCUUUUGGUUGAUGACGAUGCCUCCGAUGAACUCAUGGAGCUGUCUGGACCAGGCGGUAGUGUGGCCAGUGACUCCCUCGAAAUUCCCAAAUCUGUAAGUCCGACCAAGACUGCCACCAUGACACACCAAGGAGUGCUGGAAGGCAUCGUAGAGGAGGAAGAAGGGGUCAGCACCAGGGCUGACAGUCCUCAUGACGAUCCCACGAUGAGUGAGGCAAUGUCCAACGCAGAUGAGAUCAAUGAGAUGAACAGUAACGGAACUGGACUGACGGCUCAGAACGCUGCCUUGCUGCGUAAGCUAUACAAGGUAGACGAUGUGGACGAUGACGGUCCAAGCGUCAUGUCCAUCGUCAUCGACCACACGCAAACCAUGAAGAAGCUGCUCGAAGGCAACAUCACCACAGCCAUCAUGCUUGACGUUGAAGGACGGGAGAAGGAUAAAUUCAACGAAGCUUACGAGGAGUUCCUGACGACCGUCCAGCAGAUAGAGCUGUAUCUCAGUGCCUACCUUCAGGCAGUGUUCGUCAGGAAGAUGAAGACGCACGAGGGUCUUGAUGUUCUUACCAGAUUUAUUCCUGUUAUGCAUCGCUAUGGGAUGAAACGUACAGUCUCUGAGAAGUACAUUGAUAUCUUCAAGUGGUAUGAAACAGACCUAGAAGAAGUCAAAGAACUCUAUGAGAAGAACAAGGAGGAACCACCAAUGGUGCGCAACGCUCCUCCCGUCUCCGGUGCCGUACACUGGUCCAGGCAGCUCCUGGAGCGCAUCGAGGAACCCAUGAAGGUAUUCCGGGAGAACCGAGCCGUGGUUCACCUGCGGGACUUCGCCCGCAUCGUCAAGUUCUACAACAGGGUUGCCACAGCGUUGGUGACCUUCGAGAGCCUGUGGCUUCAGCAGUGGAAGGGGUGUAUUGAGCAAGCUAAGUUGGGUUUGAGGGCCACGCUGCUCGUCGUACAUCCAAACACUGGAGAGGUGGUGGUCAAUGCUGACGAUAGAGUAUUGCAGUUGGUUCAAGAAUGUCGUUGGAUGAAAAGACUGGAUAUUGAGAUUCCAGAAUCUGCCCUAGCUGUAGCCAAACAGGAGCAACGCUUCAAGAGCUACAUGAACCACCUUGAACUGUGUCUCAAGGAGUUCAAAGACAUCUGCUUCAAGAUCCGAGAACCGGUCCAUGGCUUGUUCCAGACCCACACCAGGGCUGUCUUGGUGGCCCUACAACCUGGUCUAUCAUCACUGGCGUGGAAUUCAAUGAAUAUAGACGCCUUCUUACAUCAAGUGCAUACAGCUAAUGCUAAGCUGAGGAGUACCGUGGAUCAAGUCAAUCAUGUGAUUGAUACAAAGAUUGAUUCCAAACUUAAGAAGAUAUCAGAACUGUUCUUAUUUGACCUGGAAAAGUCUUUUGAAAGAUCAUGGCCUCCUGAUAUGUUCACUGAAGCAAUGCUUGACAGUAUCGGAGACCAGAGUGAAACUCUCUUUGCCUAUGUGAAUGAUAUCAAGACAGCCUGUCAUCAACUACUCAAUAUUCUACUUGGACAGGGCAAACAGCCAUCCAUUGCUGGCACGAAGAGCCUAUCAGCUAGCUCUAAGCAGCGUCUUUCAGCCAAGCAUCUUCAGGUCUUCCCGUCGCCUAGAUCAGAAGAAGGACUCACUGACGUCACAGCUGAUGAUGUUAUGGUGGCUGAUUUACUCUACUUCUACUCAGACCUGGUCUACCAGUCUAUCCUCUCGGCCAUUUGCCGUUCCCUCAUCACCUUAGCGGAAGCAGCAGGCUGCGACAGUGUCCUUGAAACCAUCGCCGAAGACCUGGAGACUCACAAGACCUCGCCUGCAACCACCCCAUACACCAUGUCUCCAGAAUCCUCGCCGUACUACGGCAGGUCCAGGGCCAGUACAGGCAGGACCAGGACCAGUAGACCAGACUCCUCCAUGUCGUACCUCUCAGACAUGACCUGGACUCUGAAUAAGGACAGGGAGUACACCCAUUUAAGGUUUGAGGUAGCGGUCAAGUUUGCCAUCCCCAAGAUUAUCAUAGAGCCGACCCUUGAUGCGGUGAAGACAUCUUUGGGCCAGAUAGCACAGGUCAUCCUCAACGUUGCAGACAAGGUGACCUGGUGGGCCGGGGAAGGAGUCGGUGAGACCAUGCUAACAGACAUCACUGAUGAACUUAUGGUCAUGAGCUCACUUAGGCAACUGGAUGGUGUUGUAGAAGAUCUCCAGAGGGACAUUGACAAGCAUCUCUUCCACUUCCGCUUCUACGACUUCCUCUGGAAAGACGACAUGUAUGGCACGUACUACGACUUCAUAACCAACGACCCUGGAACCUUUGCGAUCAAACGAGAGGUGGAGCGCCUCCUCCACAUUGAGGACAAGAUCCAGGGUAUCCCGAAGAUUCUUCCUAUCGGUCCUAUCUCCUUGGAGACCAGACCCAUUACCGAUGCCCUCUACGGCUUCGCUAUGCAGUGGAAGGCUCAGUAUGCUCAGGUUCUGCAUGAGGAAGGGAAGCGUCAACUGGACAAUGCAAUCAAUUAUCGGUCAAGCAUCAAGACCAAGCUACUGGCCGACGUCGUGACCCUUGACCAGUUGAACGGCACCCUCAACCUCCUCGAGGAGGUCAGGGACAUGGAGAAUAAGAUUGAUGCUAUCUACCUGCCCAUUGAAACCAUGUAUGCCGAUCUGAUAAGCUACCGCCUUCGUCUCCCUCGCCCUGAGGUGGAGGAGGUGGAGAAGCUGAGAGACAACUGGCAGGAGGUGGUGGAUCUGGCUGAGAAAUGUCGCAUCAAGCUCCUGAAGGAGCGGCGUGGAGCCUUUGAGCAGGAGCUUGAUAAACAAGUCAAGUUGUUUGUGGUUGAGGUGAUUCAGUUCAGGAAUAGCUUUGACUCACAAGGUCCCGCGGUCCCCGGCGUCCAACCUGCCGAAGCCGUCGCAAGGCUUCAUGAGUUCCAGGAGAUCUUCAAGCUCUAUGACUCCAAGAGAAGGACCCUAGACUCGGUGUCCAGGCUCUUUGGUAUCAUCUGUAAGCCAUUCCCUGAGCUGGACAAGACUGGGGAGGAACUGGAUCUUCUUGGCCUCCUCUAUGGCCUCUUCCAGAAGUUCAUAGCCUUUGACAAUCAAUUCAGAGAUAGACUCUGGGCUGAUGCUGAUCUACCCAAGGCGAACAAGGAGGUUGAACAGUACUGGGAUGAGUGUCAAAGUCUACCUGAUAAGAUAAAGGAUUGGGAUGCAUAUAAUAACAUGAAGAAUAGCAUCAAGUUCUAUCUGGAUGUCUUUCCAAUCUUACACAAGCUGGCAUCAAAGGAAAUCCGCAAUCGUCACUGGCUGCAAGUGAUGGGAGUGACAGGGAGCUCUUUCCAGCUUGAGGCCAAUGUCUUCAAACUCUGUCAUAUUCUUGACAUCGGCCUUAUACCGCAUCAGACAGAGAUCGAGGAGAUCUGCCACUGCGCAAGCAAGGAGCUGGAACUGGAGGUCAAGCUCCGGAUCACUGAGGAGGAGUGGACGGAGCAGGUCCUGACCUUCACCGAAUACAAGAGACGCGGACCUAUCUUCCUGGAGAAGGACUCCAUGGAACACCUCCUGGAGCAGCUGGAGAACGCCCAGGCCAUCUUGGCAAACAUGCUGACGUCAAGGUUUGUGGGACCACUGAGGGAGGAGGCUGCAGGAUGGGCAGAAAAACUGAGAGGUGUCGGAGAGGUACUUGAACAAUGGCUUGAGGUCCAGGAUCUUUGGCAGUACCUUGAAGCGGUCUUCAGCAUACCUAGGACGGCCAAGGAACUACCUCAGGAGGCUAAACGUUUCAACAGGAUCGACAAGAGUUGGAGUAAGAUCCAGAGACGAGCCUACGACACCAGGAAUGUUCUACAGUGUACAUACGGUGGUGAGGUUCCCAAGGGAGUUGUCUUGCGUCAUAUCCAUGAAGAGCUUGAGAUCUGUUUCAAGUCUCUAACGGGAUACCUGGACAAGAAGAGACAGGUCUUUCCAAGGUUUUACUUCCUGUCCGACCCCGUUCUCCUGGCCGUCCUCAGUCGACCUUUUGACCUUGAGUCCGUCAAACCUCAUAUCAGGUGUAUCUUUAACUAUGUGUGCGACAUCCGUCUGGAGCGUAUCCCGCUGACCACCGCCCAGGCGCAACGCAGUGUACCCCCGUCCCCAGAAAAAGGCAUCUUGCACAGCCCUACCAAAGAGCUACACGCCUCCCCCACACGAAGUGGAUCAGGCCUGGGGCUGACCGGCAUCCAAUCACGGCUCUCCGUUGACAGUAGAAUGGGAGCUGCCACUGGGAUGGAGGGGGGUGUUCAGGAUGGCACUGAGGGAGGGUUGAUGCAGGCGAUAGCAGUCACGUCUAAGGAAGGAGAGUUGCUCAGUCUUGAGCAGGAGGUGCCUAUCAAAGAUGGUGUUGAGGUUUGGCUGAAGGGAUUGAAGGAAUCGAUCACUAAGACCAUGUCUAGCACGGUCUCUAACAUGAUCAAAGAUAUGGAGAACAGUCUGGCAGUGGAAGAACUUGCUUACAAGUACCCAACCCAAGUAGCGAGCCUUGGUCUGAACAUAUACUGGACCAAGGAAUGCGAACUGGGUAUCAUGGAGAUCCGUAACGACCGCAAGGCCAUCCCGAACACCGCUAAGAAGUUUGUGACCACCAUGUCAAGGCUGACGCAGGUUCUUACCAAGGGAACGUGGAAAGCCACGGAGGAACAUGUGACCCCGCUUCAUAGAUGGCGUCUAGAAAGUAUGGUAGCUCAAUCCUACUACCUACGUGAUAUCCUUGAUAACAUGGGCAACAGGAAGCUGAGAGAACUCACUGACUUUGAAUGGCGUAGGUGCAUCCGGGUCUAUCCAAAGCAACGAUCAGGGAAAGCAAGACGUAAAUAUGGUAGCCAUGAGCCUCAGAUGACAAUCUUAGAGGAGCGUCAUUCUUACGGUAAUGAGUUCUUUGGAGGACAAUCUUCUCUUGUCAUCACUCCUAUUACCGAGAGAUGCUUCCUUACUAUGGCUAUGUGCUUGAAUCAGUUCCGAGGCAGUGCAUUGACGGGAGGGACCGGUGUGGGCAAGACCGAGACCGUCAAAGGCCUGGCAUUCUUCUUGGGCCGAUACCUUGCCUUAUUUGGCUGCUCCCCGCACACAGAUCCUGCAGCACUGGGAAAAGUAGUUCAAGGACUUGCUAUGGAUGGAAGCUGGGGUUGCUUUGAUGAGUUCCAGCUCCUUCACAAGGAAGCUAUCGCUAUGGUAUUGGAUCACGUCCACGCUGUCAUAUCAGCUCUACAGGCUAGGAAGAAGAUUGCCAUUCUAGGAGAUGGAGAAGAGGUCACGCUUGGUCGUAACAUCGCCCUCUUCAUCACCGUCAACAGCGAGACUGGUCUCCAUGGCGACGUACCAACUGACAUCAAACUCCUCUUCCGCACCGUCUCCCUGGUUGUACCCGACAUGUCUUUGAUCCUCAAGGCACGUUGUGCAGCCUACGGCUUCCGCUCUCCCAAGGUCCUAGCGGACCGACUGAAGAUGGUCGUCCAACAAUGCAAAGACCAGCUGAACCCCGGCGACACGGAGCUCUUUAACCUCAAAUCCAUGGUAACCGUUCUCUUGCAUGCCGUCUCUUCAUGGCGAGAUGUAGAAGGAUCUAAGGAAUAUCAUCAGCUGUUCAGCAUCGGCUCCAUUGCAGCUACUGUCAUGUUUGCCAACAUGGGACGUAAGCUGACCAAAGAGGAGAGAAUGGAACUCUCUCGGGCCAGCAGUCAAGGAUCGCUUGUACAGCCCGGAAGCUCUAUGCCAUCAGCAGCCAUGUUAAAGACUGUUGAGAAACAACCAAGAAAGACGGGAGCCACCAAUCCUAUGACCCCUGCAGCCAAGGCUGAACAUGCAGUGGUUGCUCAGGCUCUACAGGACAUAGUGGGACCAAGGCUCAAACCAGACGCGCUGUACCUGUUCAACAAUGUGAUCAAGGAUGUGUUCUCCAGCGUGGGCGAUCCACCCACCCCUCACUCCAGCCGAGCCAGACGCAACAAGAUGAGCGUAGAGAACAUGGUGGUUGACAAGGCCCAGGAGAAUGGUCUUGUUGCUUCCUCGACCUGGGUGGCAAAGGUCAUGCAGCUCUAUGCCAUAUCACAAGUCAAUCAUGGCGUCAUCAUAGCCGGUGGCCCUGGCACUGGGAAGUCCACCUGCAUUCAGAUCCUGGUCGAAGCUCUCUCUGCGGUGAACCCCGCCCAGUCACGCCAAUCCCGUAGCAGCGUGUCCAGUAUCACAUCAAUCAGCCACAAGCUACAGCGGAUCAGUCCCCUGGUGGUGGAUGAUCUCUCGCUCAUGUUUGGCUACCUCAACCAGAACCAUGACUGGACAGAUGGCGUCUUCACCAAUGUCUGGAAGAAGGCUAAUAGGAAUGUGAGCACCACCUGGUUGUGUCUGGACGGCCCUUUGACCCCCAGCUGGACGGAUAACUUCAACACGGUACUGGAUAGUGACCGGGUGUUGAACCUGAGGAACGGUGACCGUCUCUUCCUGGCAGACAAUGUGAAGCUUCUCUUUGAAACCGACAGCUUGUCCAAUGCAUCACCUGCUUCUGUUGCCAGGGCUGGUAUUGUUUACUUGGAUCGUGAAGUGUUAGGCUGGAGGCCGGUUGCACAAGCAUGGUUAGAGAACCGCAACCAACAGGAGAUUCAUUGUCUUCAAAAGGCAUUCAACAAGACCAUGGACGCAGUGGUUAACUAUGUCCUCUUUGAAACCAAACCCCUUGCCACUCUGACAGAAGUAGGAACCUUCAAAACCUGUCUUGGUCUCCUAGAAUCUAUGCUCAAUGAACACAUUGAGAUAGGAGGGGAGCUUCAUAUUGAACGGCUCUUCUUAUUCUGUCUGAUCUGGACAUUUGGUGGUCUUCUGGAAGGUUCUGAUAGGAAGGGAUUCAGUGACCUGCUGCGUACUCUCACAUCAGCCUUGCCCGACUAUGACCAUGAUAUCUCAGUCUUUGAUUACUAUGUUGAUGAGUCGGGUGAAUGGGACCCCUGGAUCUCUAAGGUUCCCGACGUAGCGUAUACAGACACCAGGGAUCUCCUAGGCGAUGUGCUUGUGGACACUGUUGAUACUAUCCGUACUAGAGUUCUGCUAGAAUUUGCCAAUCUUACCAACAUGCAUGUGAUGCUACUGGGACCACCAGGAUGUGGAAAGACUGCUAUGAUCAACGACUUCAUCAAUACACUAGAUUCAAGCAACCAGAUAACAAAGAGACUGGUGUUUUCCGGGGCAUCCACAGCAUCUCAGCUACAGCAGUUCAUUGAGGCCAACAUACACCAUAGACAAGGGUUUGUUUAUGGUGCCCGAGACAACAAGCGAUUCCAGCUGUUCAUCGAUGACAUCAACCUCCCACCCUGUGAUGAGCACGGUGUGCAGCGUUGCAACGAGCUCAUGCGCCAACUCCUGGAUGAGCGACUUCUGAUCACGCUGCAGAAGCCGUUUGAGUGGAGGACCAUUGAAGAUCUAGUGGUGCUCUCUGCCUGCACCAUGAACAACUAUCCCAGUUCUAGCAGCAGGAAGAUACCAGAUAGGUUAUUGCGCCACUUUGUUCUCAUCCACCUACCCGAGCCAAAGGAAGGAGCAUUGAGCAGCAUCGUUGAUGCCGUCCUGGAUGGCAACAUGACCAAGCACAACGGUCAGUCCCUUGCCCAGGAGCUCCAGGACGCUAUCGUCAAUGCCUCCUGUAAGCUUCUGACCUCCGUCCAGAAUGUCCUGCGCCCUACGCCGAUGCCUGGACGAUACCAUUACAUGUUCACCCUCAGGGACAUCUCCAAGACAUUCCAGUGUUUGAUGAGACUGUCAGAAGAAGCUAGAGGAGAAAUCAACAUGGUGGCAUCGCUAUGGCGACACGAGGUCCAGAGGAUAAUGCGUGAUCGUCUGUGCCGAACAUCGGACAUUAAUUGGUUUGAUAAAAACCUGGAGGAAAUCUGCAAAGCGGAGAUCCCGAAGGGUGAGGAGGAUGAGGGCAUCUUUGAACACUUUGUGACGUUUCCUAUCGAGCACAGAGGUUAUCAAAGACCAAUCACUUCCAUGUCACAGAAAACAGUCAGGGUUAUUCUUCAGCCGGUGUGUAACCUGGAGAUGGUCCACAAGUGCAUCUUGUCCCACCUGACCCGGUACAACGAAGAAUUCGGUAACGUCACCCUCAACAUCAUGCUCUCCGAUGAUGUCAUCUAUCACGUGAUCCGCAUGCACCGUGUUCUGAGCUUCCACCACGGUGGUAGCAUGAUGUUGGUCGGCGCUAUCGGUAGUCAUCUCACCACGUUGGUGAACCUAGCCCUUCACGUUGCAGACAUGCCCAUUCAUCCCAUGGACACCACCAAGGCGAAUACAUUCUUUGACGGACUACGCUCGGCGGUCAGGCUCUCCGGUACGGAGGGCAAGAUGCUUACUCUCAUGUUCACGGGUCGUGAUUUGAAGGAAGAUGUAUACCUGGAUGCAAUCAACAGUAUCUUGAUAUGUGGGGAAUACCCUCCCCUCUUCUCCAAUGAUGAGCUGGAUGGACUCUUACAGGCAUUGACACCGGCAAUGAAGAGACAUUUCCCCAAUGUGUUGGUUGACCCAAUGAAGUUCUUUGUGUCAAGGGUCAAGACUAAUUUGCAUAUCAUCCUCUGCCUGCCACCAACACAUAGACUCCUCAAGAUAGCUCCAAGUAAAUAUCCUGGGUUAUUGAGUGGAAUGCAGAUGAACUGGGUUUGCGACUGGUCUCAGAGUGCACUAUUAGGAGAAGCAGGUUACUACAUUCAGAAACAUCAUCUUGCCAAGAAUAGUUCCGAAGAAACAAGGGAGAAUCUAGUGACCUGCAUGUCGACCAUACACAGCUUUGUCCUGCGUGACUGCAAUCAGAUCCCGUGGGCUGGGAGCGUGGACGAGAAGAUUAAGCUAACCACUCUCAAACUCCACGGCAAGAAAGAGAUCGUCAAGGUCCACACCCACAAAGUCGAUAAUCUACCGUAUACUAAACUCAUCAUGAAAGAGAGGAUUAAGCAAAAACACUAUUAUGCUGAUAGCCCAGGCAAACAGGAGCUGUUUGUAGGUCCGAGGACAUUCCGACGGUUCAUGGAUUGCUUCAGAUAUAUCUACAAUAACAAGAGCAAAGAGAAUACUGCCAAAGUAGGCAGACUCAAGAAAGCCCUGAACUGCUUGGCCCGUACCUACAGCGACUGCAAGAACAAACGUCUGGACAUCCGUCGCCUGCACACCCUCUACGAGGAGGCGAGCAAGAAGACGGCCGAUCUCCUCCUGGAGCUGACGGCCAAGGCCACCAUCCUGGAGAAGACGAAAGCCCAGUACACGGAGGCCAGUAACAGCCUCAGUGCGUUCCUUCAUAUGAAUGAGGUCGAGAGCGAUGAGGAGGUCGAAGAUCAGCUCCUGAUCAACGAUGAACGGGACGAGUACGAUCGAGAGUUUGAUCGUAUGAGGGAAGAGAAUCUCAAAUCCAGGAAGGUUGCUAUCGAGGAGGACCUGGUUACGGUCAGGAAGAAAGUAGACGAGUGUCGAACUACUCUUCAGAAAAUACAUGAUCAGGUGAUGCAAUGGAAGGAGAAGGUUGACCGUCCUUGCAUCGAGCGUCUCAAAUCAUUCACCAACCCCCCUCCUAUCGUCCUACAAGUCAUGGAGAUGGUCAUGGCUCUCCUUGGCAAGAACAAACCUCUAGGAAAUCAAGGAGAUAGAACCUUACACCUACCCUCCAACGAAGAAUCAUCCAUGAUCUCAGGAAGACAAUCGACGUCAUCCAGCGGUGGCAUGAAGAGCCCUUCCAAAUGGAAGUCAAGAGAUACUGGGUCCAAAUCGACACCCUUACUAACCGGUGAAAUGCCCAAAGAAGCUAGCAAUUCUCAACCAGAGGGGAAAGACCAAGCUUCGGACAAGCAGAGAUGGAAGCAGAUCACAGUGCUCCUACAGGAUUCUGUCAAGUUUGUUGAUAUGCUUCAUGGUGUUCCUUGGCAGAACGGUCUCAAGCACAACAUCCUGGCCAACGUAGAGUAUUACCUUCCCAGUAAGAGCAAGGAUGUUGAUGGAGUCACUGGAGAAGGCUCUUUGCUUGACAUCCCAGGUGGGCCAAAACUGCCCCCCUCUUCCCGACGCAGCCCCUCCCCAGGUGACGGUGCCCCCAACAUCACCAUCGCUGCUACCCGCUACAGCUCCGAGGAUGCGGGUAACCUGGUGGCUUAUAUCUGCGCCUUGGUGGAGUAUACGCAUCACUGCGGACCGUUACAAGAUCUUUUGAAACAGGUCAAGGAGCUUGAGGAACAACAGAGGGAGACAGAGAGGCUACAGAAGGAGAAAGACGAAAGGGAUGCAAAGGAGGCUAGCAAAGAGGCGGAGCCUGCCCCGGAGCCUGAGAAGGAGUACACUGAAGCCGAUAUCCCUAUUCUCCAGGAGGAGGUCACCGAGCUCCAGAGGCAGUUUGAUGCCUCCGUCGUCGAGAAGCAUUCUCUGGAGAUCGAACUAUCCGCGAGCAAUGAGAGACUCCGGGCAGCAACUAAUAUGAUUGUUAGUUUGCAGCAAGAGAAGGAAAGAUGGCAGACGUACGUAGACGAGAACGCCGACAACGAAUGGUUGCUAAGCAACUGCAUGACGGCCGCUGCAUUCCUGACGUACUGCGGCGGCAUGACCUCCGACUCCCGUCAACGCAUGGGAGAUUACAUCAACCAAGUCUGCGUGGAUACGGGAUUCCCGAUCCCCAAACGUCGCGUUCUCAAAGACGUGUCUCUCAUCCACUUCCUCUACACACCCUUUGAGAUUGAAUCCUUGAAGACGUUGAAGCUACCUAGCACACCCAACUCACAGGACAAUGCUUGCUUUGUGAUGCAAGAACAUAGCUCCACGGCUUGGUCUCUGUUGUGUGAUCCUACAAGCAGGAUCCUGGAUUGGAUCAAAUCUUAUCUCACUCAACAGCUGGUCAUCAUCAAGUAUCAUGAGCUUAGAGCACAGCUGGAGACUUGUUUGACUGAAGGGACUCCACUCCUCUUGAUGGAUUGUGACGUAGACAAACUUGCCGAGGAUCCAAGAUUCUAUAGGUUACUAAGGAGCAGACUGGCUUUUAUCGAUGGAAAGGGCAAUUUCAAAAUGAUGGUGGCUGACCACGAGGUAGAGUGUCAUCCAGGAUUCCGUCUCUACCUGCAUACCACCUGCCAGCCUCACUGUGUACCUCAUGCCUUGGCUGCGUAUACCAGUGUAAUGUACUUCUAUCAGACCAGGGACGACUGUGAGGAAGAGCUUCUAGAUCGCUUCAUGACCUUAGAGAAGGCGAGACUUGAAGAGGAUAGGAUCACGGCCUUGAAGGAGAGGAUUUCAAACAUGAAGCAACUAGACCAGCUUGAGGAUCAGAUGCUUGAAUGCUUAGCCUCUGACAACAGGCUCCUCAAUGACCUCACUACUACAAAGAAACUGGGUGACAUGAAGAAGCAUUAUGAUGAAACAGUUGAGAGCCAAGAGCGUGUCCAGAUCUCUGAGAGUGCCAUUCACAAUGCAAGGGAGGGCUAUCGGUCUAUCGCUCGCAGAGGAGCUGUCUGCUUUGACGUCUCUCGAGGGAUGUCAGAGGUCAACUUCAUCUAUCAGACGUCAUGGCAACAGUUCCUUGAGACAUUCGACAUCUCCAUCAAACAUUCCGAAAGGGCUGCUGUCAAGGCUGUUGUAGAGAGAUUGACGUUCAAUGCUUUCCAAGCGACAGCUCGCUCACUGCUGGAGAGAGACAGACAUAUCUACUCCGUCUUCCUGGCUAUGGAGGUGGAAGAUUCAAUUGGUAAUGUUGGGUUCGGUGAGCGUGAGUAUGUGAUCUCGCCUCAGCUUGGCUCUGCGACCAUGAGCGGACUUGGUCUGUCGGCUGCGUCUGAUCAUAGGGUGUGUCAGAUAAGGAAACCUUUCGAUUGGAUGCUUGAUGAUCAGUUUCAUAAUCUACAGUCCCUUGCCAUCAAUUUCGAGUGGUUUCAAGACAUGUUUGAGAGGAUGCCCAAGGAUGGAAGAGAAACCCAGUGGCGUACGUUGGGAGAGCACGAGAACCCGGAACUCCAUCCUCUACCAGAGAAGAUGGAUGAUCAUUAUAAUCCCAUGCAAAGGCUCAUGGUUAUCAGAGCAUUCCGUCCCGACAGGAUCAUGCAAGCGGCUACUGUGUUCGUUGGCAAGUCGCUUGGAAAGAAGUAUACCAAUGAUGUCAGCAUCGAUCCCAACGUGAUCUUGCGGCAGACCUCACCCGUCAUUCCCAUCCUGCUUCUCUACACCAGGGAGGGUGAUGUGGCUGAGAAGAUCUUCCAGGAGUUCUCAGCCAAGAAACAGGUUCAGGGCUUGGUUGUCAAUCUCAGCAGUGCUGAACACAAUGAGGAAAGGAGAGCAAGGAAAGCAAUACAACAUGCAAUGCAAGACGGUACCUGGGUCAUGCUAAAGAGUGCCCAUAAUGCCACCCAUCUCCUGAACUCGCUAGAGACUUUGCUACAAGAGAAUGAUAACAAACAGGGCGGAGAAAGCCCCUUCAGGGUUUGGAUCUCGGCUCAGGUCAGUAGGAGUAUCCCGGUCAGACUGCUCCAGUAUGCUGUCAAGGUUGUCAUUGAUACUCCAAAGAUCGUCAAGGAGUCUCUCUUGAGAGCAGUCAGCUCAUUUGAACCGGAACAACUCAAGGCCAGUUCCCGAUCGGAGUGGGUCCCCCUGCUUCAUAACAUUGCAAUGGUUCAUGCUAUGAUCAGACUUCGAGGGCGCUAUGGCCUUGCUGGAUGGAAUUAUCCUGACGUCAUGGAUUUCUCCCAUAACGAACUUACUGAAGCAUUGAACAUUGCUAGGAUGGUGUUCAGCGAUAGCCCAUCGGAGAAUGAGUCUUUGAAAGGUAUCUCCUGGAUGGGCCUACGAUACAUCCUAACUGAGAUCAUCUACGGCAGCUACAUCAACGAUGACUACGACAGGACAAACCUAUCCGCCAUGGUGGAUUACUGGAUUGGACCAAAUGCUACCAAGAGGGAGUUUGAAGCCACAAAGUUGAAAUUCCGCAUCCCGCCGGCUUUCUUCAGCAAUUUUGUACGAGUGAGUUCCUUGAGUCAGGCUAUAGAGGGUCUGCCAAACCAUUUCCUUGAUGUCCCUGAAGCCUGUGGUAUGCAUACAUCGUAUGAGACCGGUGCCGAUGAUCAGUUGUUUGUUACUAUUGAUAAAAUACACGAGACUGUCCUCGGAGAUGAUCAGUAUGUGUUCACACGGCUGAAUCAAGUAUUAGAUGCGAUGCCAUCAACUCGGACAUUGAGUCAUGUCCUUCAGCCCAGACCAGCGACACCUUUCCACGGUCCUUCCAUUGCCUCAGUGAAUGGUACCGCCCUGCAGCCCAAUGUAGCCAGCAUGGGGGUGUACGCCAGCGCUAGCCGUUCACUCAUCAAGAGCAAGCGAGAGACUGAGAUAUGGGAGAUCUGUCAUAACAUCAUCGGUAAAAUACCCAAGGGAUGGAACAGGGAUUACAUUACAGAACGUGUUCGUAAGAUCGGUGGUGAUACGCCUUUUAACCGCUUUGUUCUGCGAGAGAUUGACAUGAUGAUCAGACUCAUUGCUGAUCUCAAGACUACAUUCAACAAACUGAAGACUUUGUGUGAGAGUCCGAACGAAACAUUUGGUGAUCAGAUGUCAGAGCGGUUGAUCGAUAUUGCCGAUGAUUUGUUCCAUCAUCGUAUUCCUUCCGUCUGGGCCGAGAUGUGUGGUGACUCAGCCCCGCCUCCUAAUUGGACCUUAGCUCAAUGGAUGUCUGAUCUCAGCCAGCGAUGUCAACAUCUUGAAAGGAUCAUCGUACAAGGCAAGGACAAGUUCCCAGCGUACUGGCUUGGGGCAUUCUUCCACCCUCGUGCUCUGCUAGCCCUACUCAAACAAGAUGCCAUCAGGGCCUAUGGACACAACAUUGCACAGUCGGAACCGGUCGUCUUCCAGACAGAGAUCACAGCCAGGGACAAAGACCAUGUUCGUGACCCACCCCAGGAAGGCAUGUUUGUGUACGGUGUGUACGUCUGGGGAUGCUCUUGGGAGAAGACCACGGGUGAGCUCCAGGACUCCCCUCCACGCCACGGCGCCACCCUCCUCCCCAUCAUCCACAUCACCACCAUGCCGUACAGCGAGAAGCCAGCUUACAACGAACAGAGGACCAGCGAGAUGUACCUCUGCCCCGUCUAUCCUACCAGGAUCUGUGCGAGGUCUCCCGUCUUUCUCCUCGACGUCAAGCAUGAUAACAUCUCGGCGUCCAAGUGGGCGUUGAGGGGGCUGGCGGCAACCAUUAGGCCCUAUUAGGAGGAUGAUCACACCUAUUCCCCUCCCCACAGAGAAUAAUAUAAGAAGAUAUCUGCAUCCUGUGAGAGGGCUGCGAUAGGGCUGGUGGAAACCAUAAGACUCUACUAAGGAGGAUGUUCACACCUAUCCACCAAGCUGACUGUUUACAGUUGGGAACCAUUCUGAAGAGUAACGGAAUGUUCAUGUAACUCUGUUCUCAAGGAAAGAUAUGACACAUUCAUCCACCUCGUCCACAACAAAGUUUUGAGCACAUUCAAAACUUUUCUGCAGACAAUCACAAUUGCAUGUACUCCUGCGGGCAACUGUGUGUGAGGUAUUCUCACCUUUAAGCCAGAAGCAAGGCUUGCAUGGAACAAGGUGUUAGACCUUUCACACCCAUCGCUCAGUCAAUAUAAUAUUUUUGUUGGCCUUGAGAGGGUUGAUGAUCACACCCCCAAUAUGAUUAUUGAAAAAAAUUAUAUUUGACAUCUAUACAUGUAGCUUUAAAAGUUUAAUGCUCAAGAGAUUAAAACAUUUCAGCUGUAACAGCAUUAAAUAAUCUUUUUUUUUUUUAUCAAAGAUUAUCAUAAGAUUAAAAACAAUGCAAGUUAUUCAAAUUAUAAUUGGACAUGCAAUGUUUGCUUAAGUCCAACCUUUCAUUAUUACUUUGAGUCGGACAAUGUAUAUUCCCAUCAGUUGGUGCAAGUGAGAAUGAUACUUUUACAAGGAUGGAUCUACAGUGUAGGUUGUGCCUUUGUUCACAUGACAUGCUUUGUGUAACCGAUCUCAACCAGUAUCCCAAUGGUUGAGUCUAAUUAAACCAAGUUUAACUGCUUGUGCUGACUACACAAAAAUUUUAGUACUGGCUUCUUUGGAAUGCUGGGUUUUUUCUCCUUAUUCAAUAUUCAUGAAAAGGAAAUUGUACCAAAGUACAUUGUACACUCAUCAUUCUUUACUCCUUGUAUUGGUUAUUUAUUUUAGUUUACAAAAAUGUCUCAGCAGGAUUAUAGUGAUUUGUACUCAAUGCUCUGACAUCUUCUUUUUUUAUUUUUCCUUUUACACAAAUUAUUUGGUUACUGAAGUUGGAUUAAACUUUCCUUUUCGGUCAUACUGUCAAUCAAAAAAUAAUUUAGUGCUGAAUACCAUGGUGAAUUUUGUCUUCUUGGUUUAGUGUACAGAUAUUUAAGAUUCAAAUUUUUAUUUAGUGUACAGAAACAAAGCAUUUAAAGUAUGAUUUGUAAAUAUGUAUUUGAAGAGGGAUAUUUACAUGGUGUGAUAUGCAAUAAUUUGAUUUAUAAGGAUGAUUGAUACUCCAUUUUUGCAGUGAUUACGUGAUUAAUUUCAGAGUUCUGCAUUGUUUUCAGAAGAUGAAAGAGAUGCAAGUCUGUUCAUGUAUAUGCUAUACAACAGUGGUAUAUUACCGCUAGAUAGGACUGGAUGUAAAUUGAAUGUAGAUAAGUUGUGUGUGAAUUUACUUAAUUAUUUAAUAUAUAUAUAUUACAUAUGAGUUGUUUGUACAUGAUUGUACUUGUAAUUUUCAAAUUGUACAGAGCUUUCAAAGUGAACCAAAUUAUGCAUUAUGAAAACAUUUUUUCAGCUGUACAUGUAUUUAAUAUUCUCAUUGACUUCCAUCCAUACAGAUGUGAACCAAAGCAUAUUUGCUCCCUUCUUCCGUCCUCGGCUUCUGGAAUUGUUUUCCAAAUAAAGUUUUGUGAUGAUUUUUCAA